AUGAGAAGGCAAUGCCUUUCCCUACAAUCUCGAUCUUUCGCAACGCCUAUCCGAACUCUCUCGGCCUCUCCUUCGCCGCAGAAUGCCCCCUCGUCGACCGCGGGAUCCCUUUCGGCAACAGGGCCCACCACACAGAAGCCACACGGCAUUGAUCCUCGAUGGCUGACUAUGACAAAGCGUAGACUCGGUCGCUGCAUGAUGUUCGGUCUUAGGCCGUCACAGAUUCAAGAAUCCGGCGAAUUACUGCGACAGAUCGCGCGGGAUUGGCGGGAGCUCGUCGCGGGUAGCGAGGGCUAUCUGACCGAUGCACCCAGAAGAGGCUUGUUCAAGCAGGCUGUCGCAUGGGGCGAGAUGCAUGGGCAUGUCAACAACGUCACCUACGCCCGGUACGCAGAAACCGCGCGCGUAUAUUUCACCCGCAAUUUCGCGAUGCACAUCGACCCGGCCCAUAAAAAGGAAUGGAUGAACGUCGUCAGCUCCCGAGGGAUCGGGUUGAUCAUGCGAAGCAUCAAGAUCGAUUACAAAUUCCCGAUGACCUACCCCGACCAAGUAACGGUAUAUCACAAACUCGUCCACGACCCUGCGGCGGCCGACGCAUCACCAUAUGCAUUCCAGCUCCAGGCUAUCGUUCUCUCGGAGGCGCGCUUCCGACCCGCCGCUCGCGUCCACGAGGACCUGGUCACAUAUGACUACAAGCAGGGCAAGAAGACCGCGCUCCCACCUUUCCUGUUUGAGCAGCUCAAGAAGACCUGGGAGCUUCAAGAGCAGGCAAAGGAAUAUUGGCGACAGCGCAUUCUGGACAUCGAAGCGCGGGUUCGGACGCUGGAGGUUGAGAGCUGGGAUCGGGAAGAUGCCGUUGAGGAUACUGGAUCUGCCAAGAAGUAA